UCGUCAUGAACUCCUAUUCAUGCUGGCCCGGACUGCUACUGGCUCAUGACUUCAGAAGAUGCCGUGCUAUAGCUUUAUCGUUCCGUGUGCUGCGGGGGGAGGCUCCGCUCCGCUUGUGUCUGCAUCGGCCAGAUUAAUCGACGCGGGAUCGGUGACGAGGGCUUGCUCCACAAUCAGUCCAUCAAGACAUAAUUUCAACACUCGGCAGCUUGAAUCAGACAAGGUAUCUUCUUCGAAUGGAGUAAAGAGAUAUGUGUCGGUCGGAAUAUCAUAUUAAUCUCUUCUCCGCCACAUCUAAAACCUUUACCCUAGUGCAGACGAAAAGAUCGUCGUUGCUGUUCCAG